AUGCCCGGAAGAAACGCAGAGGGCGCGAGACCUUCGUCUCCAGCAGUCGCAUGUGAAUCGUCUGCAGCCAGAACGUCUUCGACUGCUUCCCUGGGUCAUCCCACAUGGUGGCUUUCCGCUGACCUCUCCGACGUCUUGUUGAGGCGUGCCUCUGAGCCGCUUCCCAAUUCUCUCUCUGCCUCGCCUUCUUUGUCCCGUGGCUCUUUUUCGCCCGAGGUGCACUGUGAAGAUUUUCUGGCAGACGUGCUCGAGCACUGUUUCCGCGAGCGUGCGUUUCGUUCCUCUCCUAUCGACGCGAAUGCCCUCGGCAUUCACACGUGCCUAGGCUCAGCGGUGAAGGAGGCGGUGCUUGCCUACUCUCGCGACUGUUCUGUCGCCGGUGUCGACCCACCCCAGAAAGACAGUUGGGUUUCCGCAGUCGAAAAAAUCGUCUCUCCCCCAUCUCCCCUGGUGUCGAAUUCCUCUGCCGCUCCUCACUUCCCUUCUGGUUUCCUUCCCGGCAGCGAGGGCGAAUCGGCGGCAGAGGAGGGAGAAAAUGGAGGCGAGAGGCUCGUUUCGUCUUCUCUCCCCGCUCCCCUUUCUCCCUCCUCGCCGGCUGGCGGAGGCGGGUUUGAGACCCAGCGGAGCUCCUCGCUUCUUGCCUCCUUGCCUGCAGAAGAAGAACGGCAAAGUCCGUUUCAGCUGUACGUGUCCAAGCGACGACGAGGGCGAAAGAACCGGAAAGAAAGAGAGGAGCUGAGGGACCGCAGAAAGGAGCAACACAACGGACACCAAGGCGGAAUGCAUCCCGGCAGGUUUCCUCCUGGGUAUUUCCCCACACCUCCAGAGCGGGGCCAGCUGGAGGCCCAAGCCGCCCCCCGCUCCCGACGUCGCAGCAGAAAUGGUGCACGGGAAAUCUCCCAUUCCGCUUCUGUCCCGUCUUCUCGUUCGGCGCCGCCGCCUUCGACACCCUUCCCCCCUUCGGCUCCGGCAUCUUCUGCUCUCUCACCUGACCUGCUUCUCUUUUUUGCGCCUUCAGACGAUGCAGAAAGAAAAGACACGGCGAGCACAGGCGAGGUAUCUAUGCUGGCCUUUUGGCGGAAUCUCCAGUUGCGUUUCCGCAGACGUCUUCUUACGUCUCCUCCCGAAGAUUUCAGUUCUUGUCAGGUUCCGUCUCUCGCUCCAGCUUCUACCGUUCGGUCUUCGUCUCGUGCUUCUCUGUCCACAAGUCUCCCUCCUGAGGAACACAUCGACAGCCACACCAGACAACCAAAGCCUCUAGAGACCCUCUGCGGCAAAACGUGCCACUACACGAAUCUCUUGCGUACUUCCUCCUCUUCCUCCUCCUCUUUCUCUUCGUCUUUCUCUUCUUCUUUCUCUUCUUCUUCCUCUUCUUCUUCCUCUUCUGUCUCGUCUGCUCUCGCUUCCGUUUCUUCGUUUGAUGAGGUCUUGCUUCGGCGCGUGCCGUCCUCUUGGCUCUUCAGCGCAGUUCGGCCGGCGCCCCCACCGGGUUUUCGUUUCCGGCCGCUGGUGCUGGACGGUGUCAACGUUGCGACGGUGGAGGUGAGUGCGCGAAGACGCAGUUGCCCAGCGCGGCUCUUUGCGGCCUCUCUGCGCUCGCGAGCCGAGACUUCACAAGACAGGUUCCGUUGCGAAGCCUGUGGACGGCCUCUCGGGAACGCCGAGCUGUCUUUCGACGGCUGGCUCCUCGAAGAAGCCGUCGAUUUCUUCCUGCAGGCGAAAGCAGCCUCCAUUUGUGUGGUUCUGCCCGCCUGGCGGCUCAAGGAGGCGCGCAACUUGGCCGUCCUUGCUCGACGGAGAAAGAAAGAACGACUCGGCGGCUCGGCUGCGACCUCGGCUUCCCGGCAGGCCGGGGGCCACGAGACCGGAGCUGGCUCGGCGUCCUCGGCCCUUCGGCGCUCUCAGUCAGUGGGAAUCGCAGUGGCGGAGUCCCGAGGAAGGAGACAGGAGACCGGAGACAGAAGAGACGCGCUGCAGCGGUCAGGGUCCAGCGCAGAGCGCCUGGGCCGCGUGAGCCGGAGGCACAGCCACGUGCACGAACCGCCUCGCGACCUCGGGAAGUUUCCAGUGUCAGCUUGCCCCUUCUGCAAUUUCAAAUCUGUCUCCACCUCUUCAUCUGAGGGGCGUUCUUCUUUUUGGCGGCAUCGUCGCGCAGUGAUGGUGGGGUCAGAUGCAGUGCUGCGUUUGGAGAAGAAGGGAUUUCUGGUUCUCGCGCCGAGUCGGUUUCCACAAUGCUCGUUCGAUUCGGGGUGUUGCGUCGAGACCACGUUUUCGUGCUGCUACGACGAUCUGCUGGCCCUCACGGUCACGGAGCACCAGCGAGGCUGUCUCAUCUCGCGAGACGGCUUCUCAGACAUUCUCAACUCUUCGCGCGGCGUCGCUUUCCGCAGAUGCAUUCUGCGGCACGUGCUCCGCUUUCGUCUGAGCGGCGGGCGGUUCCAGCUCGAGGAGCCGGGGCCAAACUGGGCCCAGCGCAGCUGUACGUACACCCCAGGCCUUUCCGUUCGGACGCACACCUUGCUUGCACUCUACGAGACAAAAGAAGCAGCGGAAGCGCGCGAAACCAGAGGGUAG